CUUUGCUAUAUCUGUCAGAAACUUGUGUGACAUAACAUGUCAUUGCAAAAAAUAUUAUUAAAAUAAUAUAAAAGUUAUAUUUUUCCAAAUUGAGAUAUAUUUAAAUAAAUGUAAAUUACUGUAUUUUAAAUAAAUAUGGCUCGACCGGCUGCACAACCUGCUGAAGUGCUUCGAGCGUGGCAAAAGGAUGAUCUCUAUGAGAAACAGCUUGCGGAAUCAUUAUCGAAACUUAUGCCUUCUCAUCAUGCUGCCAAAGCUGCCCCAUUGUCAUCGGUACUUUACAAGUCUUUCACAACCCUCAAGGAUCUACAAACACUAGGAGAAGAGUAUUCUGGCAUAGUUCAAGUGGAUGAAAGUUAUAAUAAGCUGCCGACAUACAGCGCUCGUUUAAUCAGCAUACUCUUAUCUGCUUUUGGCGAAACCUUUACGCGGAGACUUAUUCGAAAUGCAGAAAAAAGUGUUGAACGGAACGGAUCCUUGCAACCGGCUGCACAAAACGCGUUUUUAGUUGGUCUAAAAGCUCUAAACAGUAUGGUGCCUCAAAUACAGAGUAUACAUAGAGCAUUGUCUUAUAUCAAUGGAGGCCCUAUUCAGUUAGGGAAGACAGCAGCUGGCAUAGACUAUGUACAUAUUAGACCUGCAGCAGCAGCUUCUUAUUCUCAUUUGCGACUAUUAGGCUAUACAACCUUAUUACAUGCAAUUAUAUCAUGCGCACAAAGCAUUUAUCAGGCUAAAAAAUAUAUGGACCAGUUAAGUGAAAUUCCAAAUGAGGUGGACAGUAGUAAAUCAUGUGUGGCCUGUUUAGAGGAGAUUGCACAGCCCUGUGUACUCCCCUGUGGUCACAUAUUUUGUUUCCAGUGUUGUUAUGGAGCAUUAGAAACUUGUGCCUUGUGCCGAUCAACAUUCACAAAAAAUGCCGUUGUGCCAUUGAUGAAUUAUUUCCCUAGUGAUUUAUAAAAAUGUGGAAAUUUUAGCUAGCUAGAAGACAUGAUAUUAUUCAUAUGAAACAAAUAAUUGGUUUGAUUUUUAAAUAUACCUAUACUCUUGUUUUAAAGUAUGGUAAGCACUAUAAGAAUACUAAAAUAUGGUUUAUGGAUUUAACAAAACAUGAGAAAGUAGCACUUGUUUUGAUUUCAACAUAAAAUCUCAAUGUGGUUUUUUACAGUAAAAACUUACCACAACAUUAGAUGACAUAUGUACAUCCCUUGGUAAAUUACAUACAGUAUAAUUUAUAGUAAUCUAAGUCAGCUGGUGGAGUAGUAAGAAUGAAUUUAAAGAAUUUGCAAUAAAUUUAUGAAACUAGUUAUAAUCUUUGCAAUGUAAAUUUUAAAUGAUUUUUCAGUGAUUUAACAUUCAUUUUAAACUUAAGCCUUUUCCUAUUCAAGCUAGAUAAAUACCAUAGGUUUCUGCUAUUCUGACAUUCAUACUUUAAUAAAUGUUAUUUAUAACACAUGAUAAAAGCAUUUUAUCUAUUUAUUGACUUUUUAUAAUAUCUUCUAAUUUCUUAAUUUUAUAUAUAAAAAAUAUAACAGCUAUUUUAAUGUUGAAUUAAACAUAAGUAUCUAUCAAUAAAUUUAAAGUCACCAAAUUGUGAAUACCAAAGAUUGUUCUUAUAAGUUUUAAAGGUUUAGUAUAGUUUCUGCUUUGGUAAUUUUAUAAUCAUAGUUUUAACAUAUUAUCAUAUUUUUCGUUCAAUAAACAACUUUUUAUAAUUAGAUGGCUAUGGUUUCUAGUGAUGUCAUGGUGAAUUGUUUCAAAUUAUCAUUAAUAAAAAAUAUUUUUUAUGUACAAUUUUUAUGGUAAAGGGUAAAAUAAUGAGAUUCAUUGAAAUAAAAAAAUAUUACUUAAAAGUUUUUAUUAUUUAUAUUAAUUUAAUAACACAAUAUGCUUUGUUGAGGUUAGC